UUAAGGAUAACAUUGAGAGUGACUUUAUAAACGAUAUUUUAAAGAGUGCGAUGUUUCCUUAAAUGUUUGAAAAGCUACUUGAAUUAUUCCAACGGUCAUUAACCGUCUUUUCUUCUUAUAUAAUCUGUUAGAAACUUUAUUUUCUAUCUCCGAUCUAAAUUUCCGUCUUCUCUUCUCCACUCUAUUCUUUUUUCUCUCUUCUCUUCACUCUAGAGGAAGAGAGAGAGAAAAAAGAAAGAGGGGAGUGAGUGAGGGACUGCGAUUAAGGACAAGCAAUAGAUUCAAUAACCAUGGAUAAUCCUUGCUUUGUUGUACCGUACCAUGAUCCAUAUGAUACUCCUCCACUCAGUCCGAGUUUUUUCAACAUUUCCAACCCCACUCUUCUCGAUCUUACCAAUGUCGCCAGUGGAAACGAAUCCAGUCACUCUCAACAAAAGAAUAAUAUAAUUCAAGAUGGUAAUCUCCAACCAACUUUUGAUCCGAUGAUUCAAGAUAGUAACUUUGUUGGAGGAACAGGAGGGAAUAACUUCGAAUCAAUUCCUUUGUUACAAGUGCAUUCUGAGGAAGGUCUAUCGCAUGAUUUCAACAACAAUGUGAAUACAAUUACGCUGUCUCAUUGGCCCCUGCCACCAGUCCCAUUUUCUUGUAGCUGUUGUAGUGUCCUCAGGGAAAUUGUUCACACCAAUGGAUUUAACUUUAAGAAAGUUGAAAUUCAUGGAAGGCCUGGCUUGAUCUCUCAUGCAAUUCAACAUCCUAGUGUGAAUGGAGAUUAUACUUCCACUAGCAACCUUCAAUAUCAAAUGAUUGAUUUUUGUAGGAGAGGCAUUGAUGACGUGAAGAAUUUCCUAGUUGAGUAUUGCAGAGUACAAAGUGCAGCAGGGUACUUUAUGUUGCAAGAUCCACUUUCUGCUUAUUAUGAGGCCCUAUGCACUGGACUUGAAUGGGUCGAAGAGUUCAGCGACGACACUGACGAUUUGAAUGCAAGCAAUUCAGAUGAUGAGAAUGAACAAGUGGCUGACAAUGGAGUAGGAGCAUCAGGAAAGGCUCCUAGAAGAUUAUCUCUUUCGGAACAGAGGGAUAGAGCGGGGAAGAUGAAAUUGGAUGAUUUUGCCCCUUAUUUUCAUUUUCCAAUUGAGGAAGCAUCGAGGCAAAUGAAUAUCUGUCCCACCGUAGUGAAGAAAAUUUGCCGUAAGGAAGGAUUAUCACGAUGGCCUUACAGAAAGAUCAAAAGCACUGUAAGGCAGAUCUCGCAACUUAAGAGAACGAUGGAAUCAAAAGAUGUAAGGUCAAAGGCAAGGAUUCAGGCAGAGAUUUACAGGCUCCAUCUAAAAUUAAGAGAGAUUUGUGCUGGACGAUACCCAUCUGGAUUAGUUAUACCAUGAAUCAAACACUCUUUUAUUGUGUAUUUUAAUUGUUAGGCCUACCUCUAAUAUCUCUGAUUUAAUUGUAAAUAUGUCCGCGAGAGUUUUGUAAUUUUUUUCCCCUUGUAAAUAGUGUGUGUAUUUAAGUUGACUUUGUGAAUAAUGAAUGUGGAAUAUUGUACAUGAUAAAUGAUAAGAUGUAAAUAUUUUUGUUUGGCUAAUCCGGACUUUGUAGAUUGCAAAUUUAGUUUUGUAAUCAAUGUACUUUGUUCUUUCGUCGAAAGCUCAGACAACCUUGAAAAAAAAACCCUAAACAAAAGAACUGUUUAUUUUUACUUUUACAAUCAUAAUAGAAAGUUGAACCAAGAAAAGGAAAAAAGAAGGGUUAUAGAAAAUAAUGGCCCUCUUACAAACUUUGAUAAUCUCUUAUUGCUACUACUCUUAUACAGACAUAAAUAAAUAUUGACUACAAAUUGGUAAUUUUAUACAUUAAAUAUAUAAGCAAAGACCUAUUUGAAUGCACCAAGUGCAGCUAGUGUGUCAUGAUACUAGUCCAUG